UUUGUUUGUCUCCCUUACACGCCUGUACACAGUCACUGACUACUGUUAUCUACAGCCCCCCUACAAGGAAGUGUUUUACGAUGUAAACUGAUAUCAUAGGACUAUCACCGGCCACCCGACCAUUCCCGACAUCACUCUCCAAUCUAACAACAUGUCCAAAUAUAAGCUUAUCUUCUUCCCGUACCGAGGGAGAGGUGAAUUGGUACGCCUUACCUUCGCAGCUGCUGGAGAAACCUACGAAGAACAAAUUAUCACGAAACAGGAAUGGCCUAAUUUUAAAUCAAAAAUGCCAACUGGUCAGCUGCCGGUGCUGGAGGUGGGCGGAAAACAGCUGUCACAGAGUUUGGCCAUAGCCCGCUACCUGGCCAGGGAGUUUGGUCUGGCAGGCCAAAGUAACUUGGAGCAAUGUCUGGUAGAUCAGGUUAUCGAUGAGGCCGCAGACGGAUUCAAACAAUAUCUCCUAUAUCACAACGAGACAGCUGAGGACAAGAAGUUGGAAGUGAAGAAUGCAUUGAUGAAUGAAAAAAUCCCACAGUUCACCAGAAUCUUACAGACCCUGUUGGAGAACUAUGGAGGCACAAACGGAUACUUUGUUGGACCCGGCCUGACGUUAGCAGACCUUGCAUGUCACGAAAUAUUCACACAUUUUCUCCGACUUAACCCAGAGGCGUUGAAAGAUUUUCCAAGAUUGGCUGAAAACCGCAAAAAGGUUGAGGAGAACGAAAACUUGAAGCAGUGUUCAGGCAUCGGCACCAUGUUUUUGAACCCUAAACCAACAGCAGUACCCCUUAAGUCUGCGCAUGCCUGGGCCUACCUUUUUGAACAAACAUCGUUAUCCGAGGGCCAUAUAUCCGUGUAUCACAAGCCUGACAACACCAGUCGGCCGACAUCUACCCUGGGACACACUUCCACCACCAUCUUCCCCAGUACACUCUACUACCAACAUCUACCAGACAACAUGCCCUCCCACAAACUUAUUUACUUCGGCCUCCGAGGGAGAGGCGAGCUGAUUCGCCUUGCCUUUGCAGCUGCUGGUCAAACAUACGAAGAGGAUACCGUCACGUUUCCAGAUUGGCCUGCUCUUAAACCAAAGAUGCCCACUGGUCAGCUGCCGGUGCUGGAGGUGGACGGAAAGCAGCUGUCACAGAGUCUGGCCAUAGCCCGCUACCUCGGCAGAGAGUUCGGUUUGGCAGGUAAGAACAAUCUGGACCAGUGUCUGGUCGACCAGGUCAUAGACACGGCUGCGGAUUGCCUCACAGAGUACGUCAAAUCGCACUUCGAAAAGGAUGAGACCAAGAAGACGGAAAUAACGAAGACAUUGGUGGAUGAAACUAUUCCUAAGUUUGCCAGAAUCUUAACAACUUUCUUAGAAAACAGCGGAGGCAAAAACGGAUUUUUCGUUGGAUCUGAACUGACGUUAGCAGACCUGGCGUGCCAUGAGGUAUUUACAGACUUUCUUCUGCUGAAUGCAGAUGCUUUGAAAGACUUUCCUAAAUUGGCAGCUAACCGCCAGAAGGUUGAGGAUAACGAAAACGUGAAGCGGUACCUGGACAAACGUCCGGAGAACCCGAUCUAAGUUCAUAUCAGUUCACGCAUGUUGGCAGCAUUAUCUUUUGUUAUUUAAAACUAAAUAAAACUUUAUACAAA